AUGGUUUCAGCAGCAGGUAGUCUCAGAGGCCAGAUCCGAAAGACUAUCAAGGGAUUUUUACAUCACAGCGUAAGGCUUUCGGAGCUGGAAUACCAGCCAGAGUAA